AAGUAUGAGGUCCCACUCGUUUCCAUUGAUUUUCAUCAAACCGUCUUCGCUCUAGGUAAUGAAGCCGACAUCUUCCUUAUAGCUAGUUUUUAUCAUCUUUUGAUCCAUAACCUAUCUUUGCAGACCCAAACUGAUCGACCAUUGUUGUGUUCGGUGUGCAAGGAGGGUACAAUGAAGUUCUGGGAUAUCACCACUUCUCGACGUUUCAAGCUGGUUGAAGAAAUGCCGAAAGCCCAUAGUGAAUCGAUUUAUUCUGUUUGCUCCAAUAAAUACAUGGUUUUCACAGCGUCCAGUGAUCAAACAAUCGGUUUUUGGAAACUCAGUGUCCAGGAUUAA